CAGUGUCCAGUGCCAGGCGCUGCGCAGAGACACCACGGAGAGCUCCCCACCGAACGGGAGCCCGAGCCGGGGAGAGGGGGGCAGACAGAGCAGAGACAGCCCCGGAGCGCUGCAACUAUUGUGUGUCUGUGUGUGAGAGAGAGAGAGUGCCGAGACGGCUUGGCUAUCGCGAGAGUGUCCUCUUACCAACCUGCUCCAACAACACAGAGCGCUGCUAGGCUGCCACUAACACAGCCACAGAGGGAGGUGACACCAGCAGCAACAUCUGGGGAGGUCCAUGAAGCCGCAGGAGCCCCCCAAACUCUGGGAUUUAAAGCACAGCCCAGCUCGUGGAGUCCCCAGCUCAGCCUGUUAUGAAGGAAGAAUGGAGUUUCCAGACCAUAGCCGCCAAUUGCUGCAGUGUCUGAGUCAGCAGCGUCACCAGGGCUUCCUGUGUGACUGCACGGUUUUGGUCGGGGAAGCUCAGUUCAGAGCCCACAGAGCCGUUCUAGCGUCCUGUAGCAUGUACUUCCAUCUCUUCUACAGGGACCAGCUAGACAAAAGAGACAUUGUGCAUCUAAACAGCGACAUUGUCACAGCCCCGGCAUUCAGCCUGCUGCUCCAGUUCAUGUAUGAAGGCAAGUUGGAGUUGAGCAAUUUGCCGGUGGAAGAUGUGUUGGCUGCCGCGAGCUACCUUCACAUGUACGACAUUGUGAAAGUCUGCAAGGGCAAGCUUAAGGAUAAAGAACAUAAUUCUGGGGAAAAGAACAGCGACGACGGAUCCGACUUGGAAAAAGAGGAAGGAUUCUCAGACGUGGACGAGGCUCAAGUCCGUAUCUCGGAACCCGACGAUAAACAAAACAUCUCCAACUCUGAAUGUGCGAAACCCGCAUGGAAGGAAAAAGUAAUUGGGCUCCCUGCUUGGUCCUCUGAAUUGAUAGGUGCCAAUUCUGUGUCUACUGAGGCUGUGUCGUGCAAGACAGCAGCUGGAAAAACAAAAGCCAAUGUCAAUAGCCCAUCGUGCCCUUUGUCCCAGAGAUCUGCUAACCAUACACAGGCUCCAAGUGAUGGGGAUUGUGCUCUGGAUUUGUCUUUCAAACCUAUGUCUGGGCGAGAUUCCUUAUACCCCUCCUACGUCUAUGGACAGCUGGCUUCCGACAGCCAACAGCAGGGCACUGUGCCACUUGUUAAGGAUGAACAAGACUUGCUGUCAGAACAGGAGGACAUUGAUGCAAAGAGUCCAAAAAGUCAACACGUUGGGAAACCGGCCAAAAGUCUAGUGACGGGGUUAGGACAGAUGUUCACGGGCAAUGGGAAUUCUCACGUUAGGGAAGAUGACUUGUAUCAAGAUCGAGACGAGAGCGAAGAUGACAUGGAGUCGUCUGAUAUCUCAUCUUCAGGUGUGCUGGUGUCUCCAGGGCAAAUUUGCAUUUGUCCUCUUUGUAGCAAAGUGUUUCCAAGUCCGCACGUCUUGCAGCUUCAUCUAAGCUCUCAUUUUAGAGACCGAGAUGGCUCUCGAAUCAAGAUGUCUCCAGACGGUUCGGUGCCCACUUGUAAUAUAUGUGGGAAAACCUUCUCCUGUAUGUACACCUUAAAAAGACACGAACGUACGCACUCCGGCGAAAAACCCUACACGUGUGGCCAGUGUGGGAAGAGUUUCCAGUACUCCCAUAACCUGAGCCGACACGCUGUGGUUCACACCAGGGAGAAGCCGCAUGCCUGUAAAUGGUGCGAGAGGCGUUUCACUCAGUCAGGGGAUUUGUACAGACACAUUCGUAAGUUUCACUGCGGCCUGGUCAAGUCAUUGGUUGUCUAAGAGUAAAUUAUUUUGGAGCUUUCUAAUCACGCCAUUGGGCCCCAUCGCGAGAGAUCAAUUUCGUCUGCAUAAGUAACGUACCUGCAUCAAA